AUGGUGGCGCGAGCCGGCGUCCUGCUGCGCGCGCUGCCGCUGCUGCUGUGGGGCGGCCUGCACGCCGAGCCCGCGGAGCGCACAGGCCAGGAGCUGCGCAAGGAGGUGGAGGCAUUCCUGGAGAAGUAUGGAUACCUCAAUGAACAGGUCCCCAAAGCUCCCACCUCCACUCAAUUCAGCAAUGCCAUCAGAGAGUUCCAGUGGGUGUCCCAGCUGCCCGUCAGUGGCAUGCUGGACCGCGCCACCCUGCGCCAGAUGACUCGACCCCGCUGCGGGGUUGCAGAUACUGACAGUCAUGCAGCUUGGACCGAGAGAAUCAGUGCCCUGUUUGCUGGACGCAGGACCAAAAUGAGGCGGAAAAAACGCUUCGCAAAGCAAGGCAACAAAUGGUACAAGCAACACCUCUCCUACCGCCUGGUGAACUGGCCUGAGCGUCUGCCCGAGCCUGCAGUUCGGGGAGCCGUGCGCGCCGCCUUCCAGUUGUGGAGCAACGUCUCAGCGCUGGAGUUCUGGGAGGCCCCGGCCACAGGCCCCGCUGACAUCCGACUCACCUUCUUCCAAGGGGACCACAACGACGGGCUGGGAAAUGCCUUCGAUGGCCCAGGGGGCGCCCUGGCGCACGCCUUCCUGCCGCGUCGCGGCGAAGCCCACUUCGACCAAGACGAGCGCUGGUCUCUGAGCGGCCGCCGCGGCCGCAACCUGUUCGUGGUGCUGGCGCACGAGAUCGGCCACACGCUCGGCCUCACCCACUCGCCGGCGCCGCGCGCGCUCAUGGCGCCCUACUACAAAAGUCUGGGCCGCGACGCGCUGCUCAGCUGGGACGACGUGCUGGCCGUGCAGAGCCUGUAUGGGAAGCCCCUAGGGGGCUCAAUGGCCAUCCAGCUCCCAGGAAAGCUGUUCACUGACUUUGAGGCCUGGGACCCCCAAAGUCCCCAGGGUAGGCGCCCUGAAACCCGAGGUCCCAAAUACUGCCACUCUUCCUUCGAUGCCAUCACUGUAGAUGGGCAACAGCGACUGUACAUUUUUAAAGGGAGCCACUUCUGGGAGGUGGCAGCUGAUGGCAAUGUCUCAGAGCCACACCCACUACAGGAAAGGUGGGCUGGGCUGCCCCCCAACAUUGAGGCUGCCGCAGUGUCACUGGAGGAUGGAGACUUCUACUUCUUCAAAGGGAGUCGAUGCUGGAGGUUCCAGGGACCCAGGCCAGUGUGGGGUUCCCCACAGCUGUGCCGGGCAGGAGGCCUGCCCCGCCAUCCCGAUGCGGCCCUUUUCUUCCCUCCUCUACGCCGCCUCGUCCUCUUCAAGGGAGCCCGCUACUACAUGCUGGCCCAAGGGGGACUACAGGUAGAACCCUACUAUCCCCGUGGCCUGCAGGACUGGGGUGGUGUCCCUGAGGAGGUCAGCGGUGCCCUGCCAAGGCCUGACGGCUCCAUCAUCUUCUUCAGAGAUGACCGCUACUGGCACCUCGACCAGGCCAAACUGCGGGUGACUUCCUCGGGCCAGUGGGCCACUGAGUUGCCCUGGAUGGGCUGCUGGCAUGCCAAUUCAGGGGGCACCCUAUUCUGA